AAAAUGCAAGAUUAAGGUGAUGUAAAAUGAUGCUAUAUCUUGAUUAUAUGAGUACAACCCUGAAAUGUUGAAGUUAAGUGAAAAGGAGAAGUAUAACAAGAAACAAUGAUAAAUCUAGGAUAAUAGUAAAGUGAAUAAAAGUUCCGAUUAAAGAUGGCGGCUAAAGGGUAAAGUACAGUCGACUAGAAAUCCUCCAAGAAUCCAAGAUGGUGGAUCUAGGUGGUUACGUCAUCAUCCUCGUGGAGACUAAGGAUAAGAGGGUCAAACUUUACGGUUCCCCCGCAGACAAGGCUGAGCUGGAGGUUGCUGAUGAAAUCCUAGAAAUCAAUGGGAAAUCUUUAAACAAUUCAUCUCAUUCUCAAGUUAUAACACAUAUUCAUAAUUGUAUAAAGUCCAGAACAAUAUGUUUGCGUGUAAAACGAAGAACGGGAAGCAAGCUAGCAGAGGAGCUAGCAGAGAGCAGCAAUGUCCAGGACGCAUUCGUGAUAGCUGUGGAGCAGCAGGCUAGGGAGCGGCUUGAGAAGCUCUCUGCUCUCAGGAAAAUUAAACCUGUUGACAUGACAGUUCUUUCUCAAGAGCUUUGUGACGACAAGAGAGGAGAGAGAGAAACCCCGGUCUAUUCUACUCCACUCUCCAGAAUAGGAUCUAAUCAUAACGUGAGAGCAGUUGUUGAGAAUGAGACCGGGAGAGAACGGAACCUAUCCGGAGCGGAGGAGUUGGAGCUAAACCAAAGAUUAAAUAGAUCCAGAGAUCCUAGUGCAGAGAUGGACUCAUCCAGAGAUAUCAAUAGCAGGACUUCAGAUAGAUCUAGAGAUCUUAGUCGAACUUCCAGCCGAUCUAAAGAUCUCAGCAGAACUUCCAGUCGAUCCCGAGAUCAUAGUAAAGAUAUUGCUAGAUCCCGGGACUCUAGCCGGGAUUCUCUUGUAUCGGGAGAAUCAGGGAUAUCCCGUGAAUCUCUGAGAUCCAGAGAUAACAAACCCGGACUAGGAUUAAGAUCCAGGAACCCAAGUAAAGAAACAGUGAUAUCUAAAGACUCUUGUAUUGACAGAUUAUCUAGCAGGUCGCAAACCUUAGACCGGAGUAGGAACGGUUCAAGGAAGUGUCAAGGUAUUGGAGCAGGAAGUACAGGAAGUAUUUGCUCCAACUACCAGGAUACUACUAGGAUAACUCCAGGUAGUCAUCAAACCCUUGACAGUUCCGUCUCCCGUAGAAAUUCAGAGAGGUUAGGAGAGAGGAUUAAAAAUAGUGUCGACAUCCGAAGUUCUCAAGAUCCUUUGCUUACCGAGGGUACUCGGAGAAACUCAAGAUAUAAUGAAACAAACCAACCUUUAGGAGAUAUUCAUUCAUCCUUAGCUAGGAGUGUAGAUACAAAACUAGGCUGUGAACCAAAUCCUAUCCUACUAAAUAGCUCACCCAUCAAAACUAUAGAAACCAAAUCAUCAUUACAAAACAAACUAACUCCCCCUGAAGAAUUUAACUCCAUUGAACCUGGAGCGGAGAGGAGUCUUGAACCUGAUUUAACCGAACAGAAGAGUGAAAGUUUUCCUUUAAAAUUCAUCAAUGAUUCAGAAGCAAGUUCCUGCCAUAAUUUGAAGGAGGUUCUCAUUGGAGGGGACACAGAGGGGAACAGAUCAGCCCGAGGUUCAGUGAGGCAACGCCAUGAGGUUAAAACAUUCUCCGAG